AAAUCAAUCGGGACGGUUAGAUGAUUUCUCAGUAGACCUUAUGUGCAGUAUAGCAUCAAAUGCCAAGGAGGUUUUUCGCUGCCCAUCCUAUCGUCUGCAGUCAUCGAGAGAGUACACACUUGCAAAGUUCCUACUUUCGAUUCUAUUAUUACAGGGCUUCACAUCAUUUGGUUUUAUCGAUCAAACUGUCGAAGCAAGCGGUGAAGUGAACUGGGAAUCCAUCAAACCAUUACCCAUACCCUAGAAUCCGGUGGGAAAGGCUAAAAUGGCGGAAGCAGAGAAAGUGGUGGUUUCUCUAAAAGAUCAGGGCAACGAUUUCUUCAAAGCUGGAAACUAUCUCAAAGCCGCUGCUCUUUAUACACAGGCCUUAAAGAAAGAUCCCUCUAACCCUACCCUUUACAGCAACCGUGCUGCAGCAUUUCUACAUCUAGUGAAGCUUAACAAAGCACUUGCUGAUGCUGAGACAACAAUCUCAUUGAAUCCUCAAUGGGAAAAGGGUUAUUUCAGAAAAGGAUGUGUGUUAGAGGCAAUGGAGAGAUACGACGAUGCUUUGGCUGCCUUCCAAGUUGCUUUGCAGCACAAUCCUCAGAGCACUGAGGUGUCAAAAAAAAUGAAGAAGCUUUCACAGUUGUCCAGAGACAAAAAACGUGUUCAAGAACUGGAGCAAAUCCGGACCAAUAUUGACAUACAAAAACACUUGGAUCCAUUGAAAUCUGAACUGUCUCAGAAAUAUGGAGCAGAAGAAAGUUGGAAGGAUAUUUUCUCUUUUAUUGUUGAUAUCAUGGAGACUGCUAUAAAGUCAUGGCAUGAAACUGCGAAGGUGGAAGCAAGAGUCAAUUUCCUUCUUGACAAGGAAAAGACAGAUACUGAGAAGUACGCUCCAAUUGUCAAUAUUGAUAAGGCAUUUGAGUCACCUCAUACGCACAGCAGUUGCUUUUCAUUUCUAAGGCAGUAUGCUGAGGAUUCUUUCUCUGGAGCAGCUUGCGUAGUGGCACCGAAAAGUAUUAUUUCUUAUCCGCAGGUCUGGAAAGGACAAGGGUCAAGGAAGUGGAAGCUUGGGCAAAGUGAUGGCUUCUUCGUUCAAUUUGAGUCACCUGGUUUGCGGAAACUGUGGUUUAUUCCUAGUUCAACCGAAAAAGGGCAGACAUUUUGCAGGGAUCCAGAGGUUUUGGAUGUAAGUGCCCAUGAAGUGCUUCCUCGUUUGUUCAAAGAGACAUUUUCCAAUUCCUAAAAGCCCGUUCACUGCUUGGGUUCCAUCAGAGAAACAGCAGGCAACCUAAGGAUGGAUGGCUAAGCCCUCAAUUGAAACUAGUGAUAAUGUGCACAAGUUCUGCCAAAUCUCACUUUGUGGUUCCUUGAUAUGCACUGCAUGCAAGAUUGCCUUUCAAUGUCACCAUGCAUGGAGUUAGUCAUUUUUUGAACUGUAUGCGACAGGCUUUUGCAAGCUGGAAUUGAGUGAUUCUGUUACUUUGCGGGGUUUGGUUUCUUUACCACAUGAUGAUACCUUGUUUGAGAAGUGUUAAGAUUUUCCUUUCAUAUGUUUUUCUUUUGUGGAUGGUUGGGAGGGGAGGGGAGGGGAGGGGAGGGGAGUAUGUGUUAGAUGAUUGGCAUGGGCCAAGUUCGCCAACAGUAGAUCCAAUUUCUGGGCUGGGCAUGAACGAAAAUGUUAGGUUCACAAUUUUAAGUUUGUCAAUUCCUGGAGUGCUACCUCAUGAGUCAUGAUGUUUUAAGACAGGUUCUUGUUUUCCUACAGUGCAUCUAAUUUAAUUGAUGUAUACAGGUUGACAUGA